AUGAUAAAAGUUGUCAAACACCCAAUAAUGUUGAAAUAUUUGAGAAGACAUUAUGCUACUGUAGUAAAUGGGUCCAAAAAACCAUAUAUAUCUACAUUAGAGAAAAAUAAUAUAGAUGACUUGAAUCAGUCCUUAAGAACUAUUUUUAAUCCAAAAAUAGAUAAAUCUGUUGUAAUAAAAGAGUUUAAACUUUUAGUAAAUAAGUUAAAUACUUCAUCGAACAUAUUUUAUGAAAAAAAACAUUGUAUUCAGGAGCUAGAUAUUAUUAAAAAUUUAUUACUGGAUGUUUUUGGUUCCAAAUAUCAAGUUGAACUAGAUACAAAGGUCAGACUUCAGACUAUUAGUGAAGAAUUAAAAGCUAUUAUUGAAAGUAAUAAGAUAAAUAAUGAAGUAAUCUUUCAAAGAAUUGCACAGUUUAGAAAUACACAACCUAUUAAUGUUAAUGUAUCACUAAAUGCUACAAAGACAAAGUCAUCCACAACCUUGGGGGAGAAAGUAUUACAACCUUCGUUAUCUUUGUCAUUGGGAAACACCAACGGUCAUAGCAAGAACACCACCAACAACGCAAUAAUUGUUGAAAAAGAUCGUAAUAAUCAUAAUAAUAAUAGUACUUUCACAAAUAUAAAUAAAGUAAAUACUAAUAAUAAAAACAACGGUCAAAACGAUAUUUUAGAAAUCUUGGAUAAGUUGGAAUCUCAUUUAUUAAACAAAAAUACAAAUACUAAUGAUCUUUAUCAAAUUUUUAGUAAUAUGUUAGAGGAAACGAAACCAGAAAAUCAGUUGGGUAAACACUUACAAUCAUCCUCGGAUAGUGAUAUAAUAAAUUUGGAUUACUUAAAAUCAUAUUUAAAUAAGAUUGAAACCCAGGAAUACCAAAAAAAAGUUGUCUUAAAAGAACAACAACGUAUUUACAACUGGAACACAUCUGUAGCAGCCAUGAACAAAACAAAUAAACUAGUUUUAAAUGAUAUUUUAUCAUUAUUUAAUCCACUAACCUGGAUAAUGUCUGAUAAAAAUCGUCGUAUUAGAUCAUUAUGGGGAGUCAAAAAUUCAAAUUAUUUCACAGAAUAUAAGAUAUAUGAUUUGCAGACAGAUAAGACAACAAAUUAUAAUACCAAAUCAGAAAGAUUUCCUUUAAAUAUUGAACAUAAAGAUAUGUUUGAAAUUAUUAAUAAUGCUCAACUAUAUCCUGAGUUUAUUCUAUCAAAACUGAAAAGUCAGCAGACAGAUAAUUGGAGACUAGUUGGAUCACUUUUCAAUGAUCCAAAUAAAAUAAUAUUUAAAAGAAUGAUUUCAACCAGUAAUAUAUCAUAUUUUUCUUAUAUUUUGAAAAGUGUGUGUAUAGUAAUCAGUUGUAAUAUAUUGUAUAAAACCUGUAUAUGUUUUUUUGACUGGAAGAAAGAAAUAAAAUCUGAGGAAGCAUCCAAGCUCUGA